UUUAAAUAUAUCAAAUUUACGGUUAUAAAAAUACAAUGAAUAACGAAAACAUUAUUAAUAACAAAGACGUUCUCGUAAAAGAUACUGAUAAAUUUUCAAAUAUUGAAGCAUUAACGACAUCGCCGGUCUCAUGUAAAACUAAUCAACGAUACUCGAUCGAUAAAAAUACAUUGGAAGAAAGAAUAAAAUAUAAUUCUAAAAGAGCAACUUGUUAUAAGCUUAGAGAUACCAGGGAAAUGCAUUUACGAGUUCAGACUUAUCUCGAGGAAAAAAAAAUUUCAAAGCUCUUUGAUUUCCUAAUUGGUCAUCUUCUUGUAGAGGAAUCACCCGAUCCAAUUCAAUACCUAGAAAAACUUCUUAAGGAAUGUAUACUAUACAGAUCGGGUGUGAAAGAGCCGCCAUUAUUAUUUAAAACAAGGCACAUUAGAAGUAUAUUUCAAUCACUUGGUCCAGAUGAUUCCAAUACCAUUUCUUUAGAUAAAUAUACAACCGGCAUGAUUACAUUAGGCAUCUGUGAUUACGAACCAAAACCUUUCGAGUGUAUGCCUGGACACGUAGAUUGGCAUACAUUCAAAACAGAAGCAAGACGAUGCUUGGAAAAAGCUCUUGAUGAUAUGAUCGGCAAGAAUGACAUAUUCUAAAAAAAAAACUACCGAGCUAUUCAUAUUCUUUGCACCACAUACAGAAUACAAAUUUAAAAAGUUUGAUUGAAAGGCGCCAAUUCAAACGUAUUUAAAUCGAUUCAGAGUAUUUACAAAUUUUUCCACUUGGUGGCGUUUCGUCAAGUAUAAGACCCUUUCUCCCAUACUACCUUGUACGUCAGUUAGAUUUGUCGUGUGUACCGCGCAAGCAGUGGCAUUGGGUGCCAUUGUGUCGAGCAGCUCCGUCGAGUAAACUUUUGUCUGUAUUUGCGCAUAAGACAGCUAUUAUAUACGAAGGAACGAAUACAUUUAUUUGAGAGACAACGCAUAUCGUA